CAGAAACUCAUGAUUUAACUUCCUGUAAUUUGAAAACAAAAACAUCAUGUUUUUUAACUUCUAAAACAUGCCGAAGCAGGACCCCAUUGGAGAUUUGUGGGCAGAGAAUGCAUUACAUAGAGUUGUAACAGUAGGUCAGAAUGUCUAUCUCAGAGCUGCUUCAAGGAAGGUUGAUUGGCCCGAAAAUAAACCAAGUUGUCACAGACCUAUUGAGGAAUCGUCCUCAUACACCAGUAUAGAUGACGCCUUUAGUACUAUCAUACAAUUCAUGUCACAAACCUCAAGGCAGUGUAAGAAAUACUAUGAUACUAACAAACCAGUAAGAAAUAGCUGUGAUUCACAACACUGUAGAAGAUUCCAUAAUCCAGGAUAUAGUGCAAUACAGAACAGUAACCCUCUGCAAAGAACAGAAGAUGUACAUGUAGUUGUUCAGCCUGGCACUUACUCUGUUACUGCAGGAUGUUGGGGUCAAGGUCAACAUCAAAAACAUGUAGUGCAUGUCAACAAAGGACAAUCAGUUGACCUUGACUUUUGCUUGUGAUAAUAUUUUCCUUAUUUUUAGAUAUAUUUUAAACCAUUGUCUACAAGAAAGAAACUCUUUUCUCCCAUUAGUACUAUUUAAUGGUAAUAUGAAAUUUAAAUCUUUAACGUUAUGAACUGUUUGAAAAUUGUGCUAUGGUGGAAGGGUUUAACAUUAGAUAUUCAUUCAACGUACUCUCUAAAGCAAAUAAUCAAUGCAUUUUUAUCUAAAAUUCUUACUUGCAAUAUAUGUGUGUUCAUUCUUCUAGUCAUAUGGGUUUUGCACAACACUAUAACACUACCAAAGUUUGUUUAUUAGCUUUUACCAGUUAAACUAACUUGGAAUGUUUAUCUUCUCUGCGUUGAACCAUAUAUUUUUUUAUAUGUAUAUAAAUGUAUGUGUUCAGUGAAAGGAUAAUCUUUUUGAAAAGUUUUAUAUAUUUUAUGUGGUUUUCAAGUUUAUUGUUUUUAUAUACAUUUAAAUGAGAUUGAAAUAAAAACGUUUGUCUAUUA